CGAGCGAGGGGAGGGACCACGUUAAGGAGCUCACACACUCAUACACACUUCUCAUACACUCAGGCACACACACACACACACACGCACACUCCAUCCAGAGCUCUCCCUCACCCGUGCAGGACACCGGGCAACUCUGAGGAACAGUGGAGAAGAUUCGAGUGGAGAAGAAGAGAGAAGAGGAGAAGAGAGGAGAGGAAGAUAAAAGUGGAGGAGAAGAUAGGAGACAGGAGAGGAGCAGAGACGAUACAAGAGGAGAGAAGAGAAGAGAAGAGAGGAGUUGAGCAACAACAGAGGAUAACUAGAGGAGUUUGGACACAUCCAUCAAGAGGAAGAGAAGAAGGAGAAGACAAGACAAGACAAGACAGGACAAGAGAGGAGGAGGAUAUUAGCAGAGGACCAUAAAAGAAGUCAAAGAGAAGAAGAGAAGAGAGGACCAGAAGAGAAGAACAGAGAAGAAGUUGAGGAACCGUGGAUAACAAGUGGACCCAUAUAUUUGGCCUUUUCCAUCAGUUUCACCAUCAUUUUACACUACUUUGACUGACCAUUUAACACGUUUUCUGCGUGUAACCCCAAAGAGCUCAACAGCACAUUGGUCUGACAUACAGGUGUGUGUCUUGUCCAAGCAAAGAGUCCAUCAAUCCAUCCGUCCGUCAUAGACACACACACACACACACACCCUGACACCCUUAACUCUACUGGAGGGCCACCAUGGAGCUGUUUGAGACCAAUCCUUACUUCUUCCCUGAGCAACGCUUCUACGAGGGGGGUGACGCUGGCUUCUUUGGAGGCCGUCUGCCGGGAGGCUUCGACCAGACAGGACCAGGGGGCUACCAGGGUGUCGGCGUCGGCCUCCUCUCGGGCUCCGGCGUCGGGGUCGGCGUCCUCGGCGGCCUGGAUGACAAGCCGUCCCCCCUCGGCGGAUCCUCCGGUGGCGUGGGUGGCAUGAUGGGCAUGGGGGGCGUCCCCUUAUCCCCGUCGGACACCAUGUCCCCGACGGGGGCCGGGCCGGCCCACUGCCCGGGCCAGUGCCUGCCGUGGGCGUGCAAGGUGUGCAAACGCAAAACGGUGGCCAUGGACCGCCGCAAAGCCGCGACCUUGAGGGAGAAGCGUCGGCUCAAGAAGGUCAACGAGGCGUUUGAGGCCCUGAAGAGGAGCACUCUCCUGAACCCCAACCAGCGCCUGCCCAAGGUGGAGAUCCUCCGCAGCGCCAUCCAGUACAUCGAGAGGCUCCAGGCGCUCGUCAGCUCUCUCAACCAGCAGGAGCACACGCACACCACACACACGCACCACGACACGCACGGCCACAACACACACGCCACGUCCGGGCCAGGGAUGCACUACAGGAGCACUGCAGGCACCAACAACGCAGCACAAGCACUCAGGGUGUCGCCGUCGAGUGAGCAGGGCUCUGGCAGCACCUGCUGUAGCAGUCCGGAGUGGAGCAGCGCCUCAGAACACUGCGGACCAGCCUACAGCAACGAGGACCUGCUUGCAGAUGCGUCACCGGAGCAGACCAACCUGCGCUCUCUGACCUCCAUUGUGGACAGCAUCACCGAGGCCAACGCCCAGAUGGCCUACCCUCUCGACAUCGCUAAAUAGGCCACAUCUACUCGCUCGACAUUACCAAAUAGGCCACACCCAGUUACUCAACAUCACCUAAUAGGCCACACCCAUUCUCACCUCCUACCCGCUCUACAUCACCAAAUAGGCCACACCUACUACUCGACAUUACCAAAUAGACCACACCUACUUACUCAACAUCCCCAAAUAGGCCACCCCUCCAGAUUACCUACCCUCUCGACAUCACUAAUUAGACCACACCCACUCACUUACUACCCCUUCGAAUCAUGUCCAAAUAACAUUUCGAAAUUUCCAUCCCCCCAUAACCUUCCGAUCCAUCCCUUCUAGGUCACCCCCUAGCAGUAUGUACCUGCAUGAGAACACACAUCCCCCUAAUCUGCCUGCUCAACAUGUCCACCUCUUCCAUAGCAACCUGUGCUAGGACAUGCCCUUAGCAACCAGCACUAAAGACUCAUUUAUACACUAUGCGUGAAUACAUGUGGAGCAUUUCACAUGUCCCAAUAGUUGAUUUUGUACAUCUUUUCAUACGAAAUUGGGGAGCUUAAUUUAUGUAAGUAACAGGUUGAAAACAAUGGGGAAAAAUGUGCCACACGUCAAAUACGCAUGUAAUUGACCAAACAUCGCGUAUGAAUGUAUGAAUGAGGCUAAUCCCGUUAGCAACACGGCUGCUCAACAUUUCCAAACUACCUUGUGGUCUAAUAAAGUCCUUCCAACCUUGUGGUCCAUACAGUAAUUACGUUCUUCCAAACCAUGACUCUACUUCCUGGUAGAAGACAGCAGAGAGAAGUGUAGCGCUAGACAAGUUUUUUCCCCCUCUUUUCUUAAUCCUCUCAAAAACUUGUUGUCGUGUUUCCUACAAUUUAUGUGUGUGUUUUUUGCUUACCAACGGGGUAAAUUGUGGGGCCAAUACCAUUGUUUUGUUUGAUCAUUCUGCAGUUUUGACCAAUUUCUGCUUAAAUGAACGCCAGUGCUGAUCACUGGACAUGUGUACAUACUUUCCCUUUUCUACAGAGUGCCUUUGACAUUUUUAUUAUUAUUUGUAUUAUUUUUUUAUUUUCUAUUUGUGAUGAGUUUGUUUUUUGCUAAGUUAUUUGAACUUUUAUAAUAAAGAUUGAUGUGUAUUUCUCUAUUUGUUUUUCAGAUUUCACAUUUUAUUUUCA